AUCCCUUCUUCCUCUCACACCGCACCUCCGUCGCUCCAAUCUUCCGCCGCCGUCGCCUCCUCUCCCAACUCAUCUCUCCGGUGCUCUCGUCGGGCUCAGAGCACAGUCGGCAAGGGAGCAGCGGCCCUCUUCAACCCUUCUUCCUCCCCCUCGGACAGGAGGAGCAACGGCGACCUCGGGUUCCUCUCGGCAGGUAUUCAAGGUGUGAAGCUCUGCUGCACGUUUAAUUGUAAUAUCAAGCGAGUUUUGGUGGCGAUGGACGGGGGCACCUCUAGCAAGAGACGAGUAGGAGCCCCAGGAGAGGGACAGAGCAGCUGCAAGAGGCAGAAUGCAACCAUGGGGAUGGACACCCUCGACUGCCCCGUCUGCUUUCAUCCCCUCAGACCUCCCAUAUACCAGUGUUCUGUGGGGCAUUUCGUAUGCUCAUCUUGCCGCCCGAAGCUCGUGCGCAACAAGUGUCACUUGUGCUCUGCCGAAACUACCUUCAAGCGCUGUCUAGGGAUGGAACGUCUCAUGGAAUCAGUCACGGUCGCUUGCUCCAAUGCCAAUUAUGGAUGCGCCCAGAAGCUCACUUACUACCAGAGGGAAGAGCAUGAGGACGCGUGCCCGAGCGCCCCAUGUUUCUGCCCGGCGUCCAGCUGCAGCUUUGCAGGGCCAAUAGACGCCCUCCUUGAACAUUCCGCCUCCCAGCACAAGUGGCCGUGUACAACCAUCAAAUACUCCGAAGAUGUUAAGUUCUGCCUAGAACCAGGUCUACAUUUUCUUCGUAUCAAAGACAGGGAAAUUUUCCUGCUCAACGUGGCACUAGAGCCAUUCGGGCAUGCCAUCUCUGUCGUCUGCAUCCAACCUAAAGCUACAAACUCCAAGUUCAAGUGUAGGAUGUCCUAUGGUUCCUUUUUGACAGACUAUUAUCAGAUAUCAGUUUACAAGAUACGAAGCUCAUCGUUGUCUGAUGGGCUACCGAAGGGAUACAACUUAAUUCUGCCCAAGGAUGAGAUAGCUAAUAAUGGAAAGGUUACCUUGCUUACGUUCUCCAUUGAUGAUCCUAAUCCUAAAGUAAAGGUGCGUGAGCCCAUAUGUCUGAAACCAGUACGCGGUGUAUGAUUGAAGUGGUGAGGUUCAGCGUGGACGUUCGCGGCCUUCACUAUGUGGUUUUCAUGACUUGUACUCCCUCCGUUCAUAAAUAUAAGUCUAUUUAGAGAUUCCAAAUGGGACUACAUACAGAGCAAAAUGAGUUAAUUUCCACUCUAAAAUAUGUCUAUAUAGAUCUGUAUGUAGUUCUUAUUGAAAUCUCUAAAAUGACUUAUAUUUAGGAACGAAGGAAGUAUAUGCUAAGAAGCUUUAUGAUCUCAGACUCUGCUUCGUAGUUGUUUCGAUGAAGUGCACUCUGUUUAGGUUUUCCAAUUCAUGUAAGGAAUGUUUUAGUGAUUUGGGAGGUGCCGGAUCAAAUGUUUGAAGCUAUGAAAAUUGUGACACAGCCGUGAAA